AUGACCAUGGACCACGGAGAGGUACCGCCGGAGCAUGACCAAAUUUCUGCAUGGCUCCAGGGUGAUGGUUUGCCUCCAGGGGCCAGGCCAGACGAGCGCGAACACCAUCUUUGGCAGCGGCUCCUCGACACUGAAGCUGAGCUGCGUACUUUGCGUUCUCAGCAGGCCAAUGAGAUGAAGGAGAUGGACAGCUACGUAGCACAUAUCCGCUUGCUGCUACAACAACGCGAGUGCGUGACUGCUGGCUAUGAGAGGGACAAUGAACAGCUACAACAAGAACUACUCCGUAUCAGACAGCAACAAGAGAUUCAGAGCAAGGAGCUGGCUGAGAUGUUGGCUCAGGAAGAUCUUGGAGAGAUGGGUUUGAGUAGCCCUAGUGAGCAGGUGGCAUACUUAUUGGUGGAAAGAGCAACACUGCUGGAGAGGUUAGAGGCUGCAGAAAGGAGGCUUGAGAGUCACAGCUUGUCAGGCAGCAUAAAAGAUGUCCCAAUCCAGGCUCACAGUGAGGAGCUGUCCCGCGAGCAACAUGAGCGACAACGACUGGAGCGUGACUUGGAGGAGGCAUCGAGCAGGCUGGAGAUGGCUCAUCAGGAAAUCCGAAGGCUCAACAAUGAGCUGGAUGUGUCCAAAACCAACAGCCUCGACCCCUGUGGUUCUGAGCUUCAGGAAACACUCCAAGAACUUGAAAUUCUAAAGAAAGAAGUGGACAAACUGAAACAGUGUGAUGUGAUUAAGCUCCAGCGAGCCAAAGAACAAAGUGACAGACUGGAUACUGAUAACAGAAGUCUGAUAGAGAGAGUGCACAUUUUAGAAUUGGAGAAAAAGAAUCUUCUUGAGCUUUUGGAAACAAGGAAUACCGACCAAAACAUUGUCCUGAAAGCAGAUGGGAGGCAAAACAACAAUUGCACGGAACUUCAAAACAACAUUUAUGGCUUUUCGACUAAAGAAUCAGAUCCAACUCACAAACACUGUCAUGCAGUGAACGAGGACAGAAUAGUUCAGGUGAGAGAGUUGGAGCGUCAACUUCUGAGACUUCGCAAGGAGCAGGAGGAGAUGGAAGAGAGAAACGAGGAGCUGGAGGCUCUACUCGGCGAGGCCCAGAAUGCCAGCAAGGAGGAGAGGCUUCGCCAUGAUGGAGAACUGGAGGGUUUACAUCGACGGCACUUACGGGACAGCGGCCCAGAGAGACUGGCGUUGCUGGAAGCUCGGCUGACUGAGGAAAAAGACUGGCGGAAACAACUAGAGCUCGACCUAAGUGCUGCUCAGGCUGCCUUAAAAAAAGACAAGGAGGCUUUGCAGAUCGGUGAAAGAGAGCUGAAGAAGUUGAAACUUGAGAUCAACAGCCUCCAGACUGAAUGUCAACAAGGGAAAACGCUUAUCAAGGGUCUCACCCAAGUCAAGGGGGAAAAGGCAGCUCUGGAGGAGAAGUUAGCUCAGACGGAACGAGCUCACCGUCGACUCCAGAGUGAGCUGGAGCAUCUCAAAGACAGUAACCAAAGCAAAAAGGACUUGCGGUAUAACAGAGUACCAGUGGACCAACUGCAGGAGCAGGCGAACCACCUGACCAAAGAACUAAGUAGCCUUCAGAUGGAACACAACACGCUCAGAGAUGAGAUGGCUUCUGAGCGCCGGCAGGCAGCUGAACUGCAGGCCAAACUGAGUGACACUGUCCAGAAGAAGCUUGUGGUCGAAGGAGAAAGAGAGAAACUAGAGCUUGAGCUACAACGCCUCAAGGAACAACUUCAGCAUCAUCAGGAACAUCUCUGUUUGGCAAAUGAAGCGUUAAGGAAUAACCCGAAGUCGCCUCCAUUGGAGUUAGGUUUUGGUCCUGUGGAGAAGACCAAAGAGAAAUGUUUGGAUCAGUCUUUGGGAAUGGCCCUGCAGCAGAAGGCAGAAGAGAAUAAACACUUAAAGCAGGAUCUACAAAGAGUGCAGAACCUUUUCACCUCAGCCGAACGAGAACUACGCUAUGAAAGGGAAAAGAACGUGGACCUAAAGAGGCACAACACUCUCCUUGACAAUGAAAAACUUAAGCUUUCUGCGGAACUGAACCAGCUGCAGACGAAGAUGAUUCAGAUGGAACAGAGUCUUCACACUCAGACUACUGGUUCAGAACGUCACCAGCAAAGAAUCAGGGAGCUGGAGCUGGAGCUUGCAUGCAACGACGCCAAUCGCAACACCACCAAAGGUCUUCAAGAGGAGUUGCAGGCAGAGAGAGCGCGGGUCAAUACUGCUGACAAAAAGGUGGUGGAACUGCAGCAGCAGCUCAAUGCGACACAGCACCAGCUGCGAAUGGUGGAAGCUCGGGCCAGCGAGAGCAGCCGCCUGGAACGUGACAGCAAAGAUCUAUCUGACACCUUGUCCUCCCUGAAAGCUCAACAGCAAGAGGACCACAUUAAAAGGAAGCUCUUAGAGCAGCGUGAGGAAGAGCUCCAGCAACAAAUACGGUCCCUUAGAUUAAAGGAGGCUACGCUCACCAGGACCAAUGUGGAGUUAAGCCAUCGAGCACAACAGCUGGAUGUAGAACUCAACAAGGCCCAGGAUGAGAUAAGAGAUGACAAAGCUGCUUGUCGCCAACUGAAGGAUGAUCUCGCAGCCAGUCAGCUCGAGUGUGACAGAAUGCAGGGAGAGCUCAAACAGGUUUUUCUGCAACUGAACACACACGUCAGGAAGUACAAUGAAAAACAGAGUCGACAAAAGACCAGAUUGAAUCAGGCCAAGCAGGUCUUUCUCCAAGCCACUGCACAGCGGGACAGCACCAUCCAAAAACUGGAGAAUGACUUAGCCCUGGCCGCCAGUCUCUCGCAAAAGGCAAAGGAAAGCAUUCAUAAUGUGAUGGAGGAAAAUGAGAAGCUUCUGGAAGAGAAGAGGAGGUUGUUGCUGAAGAUCAGCGAGGCAGAAGAAAUGGGCAGCAAUGGAAUGAGAGUGGCAUCUACUGUCCAACACAGGGUUAAUGCCUUAGAAGCAGAAAAUGGCCGACUUCAGGCUCAAACGCUAAGGCUGUCCAAUCAGGUCAGUUCCUUGGAGCGUGCCUUGAGGAAUGCCCAAUGCUUCAACAGCAAUGAGAAUUCCAAGAAAGUUUUUUGUGACAGCGCUCUGCAAACAUCUAAUUUAAGCCCCACGUCCGGUUCCUAUGACCCUUGGGAGUUGUUAGAAGUAAUCUCCCGCUACAAGUCUGAGCACGUAUCGGAGGGUACGCGGGAAUUGGUCUCCACGCAGCAGCCAUCAGAACAAGGCUACCUGAAUCUUGUUUCCCCGCUGUUUCCUCCUGACACGACACUCGCCAGUCGAAAUAGCUGUGACGGUCCGUGA